UUGUUUUUCUUUCAGAUAUUUCCCGCGCUGUCCUCUGUGAAGACCUGGUAGUCUGCAGUGUUGACUUUCGGCGCUUUUCGUGUAUUUUAUAGAAUUAUCAGAGCCGUAAUGCCGACAUCAGCAUACGACCCAGCUUGUUUGCCGGACUUUUUACCGCUGUACUACAAACGGUUGUUUCCUUUUUCCCAGUAUUAUCGCUGGCUGAAUUAUGGAGGAGUGCAGAAGAACUACUUUCACAAUCGAGAGUUCUCCUUCACACUCAAAGAUGACAUCUAUGUCCGCUACCAGUCUUUCAGCACACAGAGUGAGCUGGAGAAGGAAAUGCAGAAGAUGAACCCUUACAAGAUCGACAUUGGUGCCGUAUACAGCCACCGGCCCAGUCAGCACAACACUGUGAAGUCUGGAAGCUUCCAGGCAUUGGAGAAGGAGCUGGUGUUUGAUAUUGAUAUGACAGACUAUGAUGAUGUCAGAAGCUGUUGCAGUGCUGCAGACAUUUGCUCCAAGUGUUGGACCCUGAUGACCAUUGCUAUUCACAUACUGGAUAGAGCUCUUAAAGAGGACUUUGGUUUCCAGCACCUGCUCUGGGUUUAUUCUGGCAGGAGAGGAGUUCAUUGUUGGGUUUGUGAUGAAGCUGCCAGGAAGCUGUCAGUGGCAGCACGCUCUGCAGUUGCAGAAUACCUCAGCCUGGUGAAGGGUGGCGAAGAGAUGGUGAAAAAAGUAGUGUUGUCUGAUCUACUUCAUCCUUUUAUCACAGAGUCUUUGGCUGUGGUGGAGAAAUACUUCAUUCAGUAUGCACUACAUGAUCAAGACAUUCUGGGAAGCAAGGAAUCUACAAACAAAGUGCUGGCACUCGUACCUGAAGAUGUUAGGAAAGAAUUACUGGCGCACUUUCAACGUGAAAAAAACCCUGAAACCCGCUGGGGAAUCCUCAAGGCUCUAGCCAAGCAGAAACAGGCCACUGGCAAAAAGCCCCACCACUUUGAGAAAGAAAUCAUGUUACAGUAUUGUUAUCCACGGCUGGAUGUAAAUGUCAGUAAAGGGGUGAACCAUUUACUUAAGAGCCCCUUCAGUGUUCACCCCAAAACAGGACGUAUUUCAGUUCCCAUCAAUCUCAAGGAACUGGAUACCUUUGAUCCUUUUGCAGUCCCCACAAUCAGUGCUAUCUGUGAGGAGCUGGAUCGUCCCAGAGUGGGUGAAGAAGAAGAAAAGGUGGAAGAGGUCAAAGACACAGAAAAUGAGCAGAUUGCAGCAGUGAAACGAAAGAUUAGAGAUUAUAAAAGAACAAGCUUGGCAAAGUAUGUGAAAUUCUUUGAUGACUUUCUUGAUGGGUUGGCUUCCUCGUGGAAAGGAGAACUUCUCAAAAAGAGUGACCUGCAGAAGGACUUCUAAACCGGAUCAAUAAUCAGAACGUGAUAGCUAAAGUUGAGCUUUUUUUGUGGUUUGUCGCACUUUUAGGCCUCAUGUUUGGAAUGUUACUGCUUUUUUUUCUGGUGAACAGUUUAAUCUAUCUGAUAAAACUGUUAUGGAACUCAACUACACCUGUCUAAUCUUUGGAUAAAUAUAUCUUACUUUUCCUGUGUGUACUACUUGUAGAGAAAAAGUUGUUUGAAUUUUGGUGACUGUAUUUUCCUGUUGUACCAUAUUCCAUUGAUUUGGAAAAAUAAAUUAGAUGCUCAAACUCUU